AUGAAUGGAACUGUAGAGGCUGCCAAUAAGAAUAUCAAGAAGAUUCUGAGGAAAAUGAUUGACAAUCAUCGAAGAUGGCAUGAGAUGUUUCCAUAUGCUUUGUUGGGUUAUCGAAUGACUGUCAGAACGUCGAUUGGGUUCACUCCAUAUUUGCUAGUAUAUGGAACAGAAGAAGUCAUACCUGCUGAAGUCGAAAUAUCAUUUGAGAAUCAUCCAAGAAGAUCAAGAAUGAUUCGUGCUUUCCACAAGACAGACAGAGCCAGAAGUCAGUUGGUACUUAAGCACAUUUUUCCUCAUCAGGAAGAGUACAAAGGAAAAUUUGCACCAAAUAACCAAGGACCUUACAUGGUUCGCAAAGUAUUAUCUCGAGGUGCUUUGGUCCUUUCGGAGAUGGACGGCACCACAUGGCCGAAAUCGAUCAACUGA